AAAUGCCUAGAUAUAACAAUCAGAAUAAAAUGCCUGAAGCAGUCUUGAGAAGUUUCUGGCAUCUCUGAUAUACAUCUGUCAAUAUAUCUGUUUGAAAGUUGCAGAAGAGGAGGAUGAGUUAUGUAGCCUAUUGUUUCUACUCUCUUUCUUCCCAAAGCAUGUACCCUUUUUGUUAUGACAUUGUUAGUUCCUUAAAUAAAAUAUUUUGUUGAUCAAAAUUAACUCUACAAUGCUAUUCUUUAUAUUUCUAUUUUGGUCAGCACGUUAUUUGAGAUUUUAAUUAAUAUCAAUUCGCAGAAAACAUUCCACAAGUCUCUCUCUCAUCAAUUGAAAAGUUCCAGUACCACCGAAAAAGGAAUGGUCACUACUCACUACUCACUACUCACUACUCACUACUCACUACUCACUACACUCCUGAUAGCUGAUGAGUUGAUAUUUUUUAUUAUUGUUUAAUUUAAUUCACGGUGCUUUUACCACUUUAUUGACACGAGUACCGUAGAUCUUAUAUAUAUAUAUAUAUAUAUGUAUAUGCUCGUGUCCAUAUAUAGUUAUGUAUGAUUGGAGUAAGUAGCUUGCAAUGUCUUAUAAGUUUGAUAUAUCUUCUCCUUCUACAAAUUUUCGAUUAUAAAUAUUUCUUGGAGAUGAAAAUGCUCUUCCAUAGUUUCUCAAUCCGUUUCAUAUUCAGAUGCAUCAGAGUUCUUAUUAACAGAUCUAUCAGUCUUUUGCAUUAAAUUCGACGACAUUACUGGGGUUCUGUUUUUGGUUCUUUCCUUAUUUUCUUGUUUCUUCAUCUUUAAUUAGGUUGUAUGUAAAAUCAAUAUCAUAAAAGAAAGAAAAAAAAUGUCAAGAAAGCCAUGUUGUGUGGGAGAAGGGCUGAAGAAAGGAGCAUGGACCGCCGAAGAAGACAAGAAACUCAUCUCUUACAUUCAUGAGCACGGUGAAGGAGGCUGGCGUGAUAUUCCCCAAAAAGCUGGACUCAAACGAUGUGGAAAGAGUUGUAGACUGCGAUGGGCUAACUAUUUGAAACCUGAUAUCAAGAGAGGAGAGUUUAGCUACGAGGAGGAACAGAUUAUCAUCAUGCUUCACGCUUCUCGCGGCAACAAGUGGUCGGUCAUAGCUAGACAUUUACCCAAAAGAACGGACAACGAGAUCAAGAACUAUUGGAACACGCAUCUUAAAAAACGUCUGAUCGAUCAAGGAAUCGAUCCCGUCACCCACAAGCCACUUGCCUCUAAUCCUAAUCCAGGCACGCCCAAGACUUCUGAUCCCAACGAUGAUGAACAAUCACAAUCAGGUUCGAUGUCUCCAAAGUCUCUUCCUCCUUCUUCUAACUCCUACAAUCUACAAGAGACAAGCAGCAGUGAUGAGACACCGAGACACGGAGCUUCCUUGACCUCCAAGAAACACUUGUUUAAAAGGUCAAGUUCUACAUCAAAAGUGUUAAACAAAGUUGCAGCUAGGGCUGCUUCCAUUGGAAAUAUUUUAUCUGCCUCCAUGGAAGGAACCUUGAUCAGCUCUACAUCCUUGUCUCCUCCAUGUCUCAAUGAUGACUUUUCCGAAACUAGUCAACUUCAGAUUGACGAGUAUGAUCCAUUCUCUCAGCCAUCCGAACACAUAAUUCCCGAUGAUAUCAGCAUGAACACGGAACUCAACAAUUCCGCAUACGAUUUCUCGCAGUUUCUUGAGCAGUUCGGUAACAACGAAGGCGACAACAUUCAAGAUCUACUUAUGUCUGAUGUCUCAUCACCAAGCGUUGAUGAAUGCGAUAUUAUGCAAAACAUAACCGAUUGGUCAAACUAUCUUGUUGAAGAUUCCGAUUUUAAUCAUGACACGAACCAAGAUUGCGACGACAGGAACUUCAUAUAAUCAUAUAAUCCAUGGUUCUCGUAGAUAUUUGUCAAGUUAUUGUCAGUUUCACUGUAGAAGUUGCUAUAUUCAAUAAAGAUUCUCAGUCUGAGAAACUUGUGAUCCCGUGGAUCAAUUAGUAUUUGAUUUGCGGGAGACACGAGUUUUUUUUUU